GCUUCCGGUUAGAGCGGCCGGGACGGGGCGCGCGGGGCAUGCCGGGACGGGGCGCCAUCCCGCCGCCGCCGCUAUGGUUCCGCUGGCCGGUGCCGCUCUCCUCCUUGCGACGGUAACGGUGGCGGCGGGCGGCUGGGAUGCAGCCGGCUACCUGCUGUACUGCCCCUGCAUGGGCCGCUUCGGGAACCAGGCCGAGCACUUCCUGGGCGCCCUGGCCUUCGCCCGAGCCCUCAACCGCACCCUGGCCGUGCCGCCCUGGAUCGAGUACCGGCACCACCGCCCGCCCUACACCAACCUGCACGUUCCCUACGAGGAGUACUUCAAGCUGGAGCCCCUCAUGCAGUACCACCGCGUGCUCAGCUUGGAGCAGUUCAUGGAGCAGCUGGCACCACAGCACUGGCCUCCCGGCAGGAGAGUGGCAUAUUGCUUUGAGGCUGCGGCACAGAGGAGUGCUGACAAAAGCACCUGUCCCAUGAAGGAUGGAAAUCCAUUUGGUCCAUUCUGGGAUCAGUUCAAAGUGGAUUUUGAUAAGUCUGAGCUCUUCAAGGGGAUCUCCUUCAGUUCUGCAUACAGGGACCAUUGGCUCCAAAGGUUUCCACCAUCUGAGCACCCUGUACUUGCUUUACCUGGAGCUCCAGCCCAGUUUCCAGUCUUAGAGGAGCACCGACCCCUCCACAAGUACAUGGUGUGGUCUGAUGAAAUGGUGAAGAAAGGAGAAGCCUACAUUCAUUCUCUGCUGGUUAGGCCCUAUGUAGGAAUUCACCUGAGGAUCGGCUCAGAUUGGAAAAAUGCUUGUAACAUGUUAAAGGAUGGGACGGCUGGGUCUCACUUCAUGGCUUCACCUCAGUGUGUGGGCUAUGACCGCAGCACUGCUGUGCCCCUUACCAUGGACAUGUGCCUGCCAGACCUCAAAGAGAUUAAGCGUGCUCUCAAAGUCUGGGUGAAAAAGACAGAAGCCAAAUCUGUUUAUAUUGCCACUGAUUCUGAGCCCUACACAAAGGAAAUACAGCAGUUCUUCCAAGGAAAGAUCAAAGUUGUAAGCUUGCAGCCAGAGGUGGCUCAGAUCGACUUGUAUAUUCUUGGCCAAUCUGAUCACUUCAUUGGGAACUGUGUCUCUUCAUUUACUGCAUUUGUAAAAAGAGAGCGCGAUGUGCAUGGAAAACCCUCUUCAUUUUUUGGCAUGGACCACCCUCCAAGGUUACGAGACGAAUUCUGACCAAAAGAGGAGCAGGCUUGAUAGUUCUCAGGGCUCUGAGCCUGGUGCUUCGCUGUGGGACCAUGCUGGUGUUGACCACUCUGUGCAGAGCAUGCUGCCUGGUUGUGGCAGAGAUGUUUCCAACCCUUGGAUACUUUGCACAGUCACUCUUCUGUCUGACUUCACUUCUGUGAUACCAGACAGAAAAGAAAUUUGAAAUCGUGUAGUUUAUUGGAAACUGUAUACUAUAUGUAGUUAUAUAGCUCUCCAUCCUCUUUUGGGGGGGUUUGCUAACAAUUAUGAAGAAGCUGCUCAAAUUUCUUUUUUUUUUUCUUCCUCAUUAUUAAUUUUAUCUGGAAAUAUCAUUAAGCUUCUUAUUGUCCAAAACUGAUCAUAAGUUUCUUUUCAAGUGCAAAGUAUAUUCAGGAAUAUUGUGGUCCCUGAAUAGGAGUGCAAGAUGAAGCUUAGGAAAUUGUAAGGUCUGGAUUUUAUUGAGUGCCAUUGCCUUACUGGACCCACAUCACCUCAGUGCCUCUUUUUCCAUCCCCUGUAAAGAGAUUUAAUCCCCACUUAAGCAGUGCCGUGAGAAGGAGCAUUUGUGGGGCACGGUGAUCUCAGUGGUGCUGGAGAAGUGUGGUGGUGGUGUGUUUACAUGUGGAAGUUGUCCUUUCAUUGGACACAGAUGGGUAAUCUCUUAGCCAGGCAGAGUUUGGAGACGUAGGGCUUCGUAGCUGUUGGUCGAUGGUGGAGGUCUGUGAUAGAAGUGUAACUGUUUUUAGGUCAAAACAUCUGAAGUAGCUGUCAUGUGGAUUGGUGUAACUCAUCCUUAGGUCUUUGAUAGUGGUUUGGGGGUUUUAUUAUUAUUUUUUUUUCUUUAUUUUUUUGUACUUUGUGAAAACAGUCCCUCUGACAGCAGAAUUCCUGCCUGUAGGGUUUGCUCCCAGCACAGCUAACUGGGAACAGACAGCAACAAGAACAUUUGGGUGAUGAGAGGAAAUCCGUUUGGUGCAGUUUGUGUGUGGCAAAUCCCAAUUUGGCCAGCAUCUUUUCUUCACCCCAUCCUUUGGCUGGUGCUCUGCAGCACCCAGGGCUCGGCUUCAGCUCCGUGUCUGCUGGCCCUCCUGCCUGUGCCUCUGCACUGCUGGGCUCACGGAGGAGCCCGGGCCGGGCGGGGAAAGGCCCGAGUGCUGCGGGGGCACUGAGGUGCUCCUUCCUUCCGUCUGGAGAGCCGCGGGAAUGGUGUUUUUUUUAACAAAUGUGUUAUUUUUUUAAUAAUAAUAAAAUCGGUUUUGUAUUCACUCGCUGGCACUGAUAUUUCUUUCUCCCCAACCCUUCCCCCUUCCCAUCCCCGCACGCCUCAGAGCUGUGGCGGCGGGCGGCGCG